GUGUUUACAAAUACGUCACAUGUUCCAAGUCACUUCUUGUCCAUAGAAACCUCACAAUUUCGCUAGUUUUGACGAGAAUGAAAUGUCCUUUUUCCCCCAAGAGCUUCACGCGAAGUACCUAGCCGUCGAAGAUAUUGUUCCAGGUCACGUUUUGAUGUACUAAUGGUCUACAUUGUUUGGUUUUAACCCCGUUUUGCGAAGCUACCCGUAUUCGGCUCAGCUGAAGCGGGUAGAUUCGAAUCGAACAACAACCAAAAUAGGCUGCGCUCCGAGCGCUUUGAUGGGAGGCUUACAAUCCAACCGGAGGCCUUCUUAUGAUGUUAACGGCGAAGUCUGCUUCGAUCACUUCCAGAUUCUCCGUGCUAUCGGCAAAGGUGCUUUCGGCAAGGUAUGCAUAGUGCAAAAGAAAGACACCAAGGCUAUGUACGCCAUGAAAUACAUGAACAAGAGUGCCUGUAUCAAAAAAGAUGCCGUGCGAAACGUCCUUCGUGAGCUGGAAAUUCUUCAAACUAUCGAGCAUCCGUUUAUUGUCAAUCUCUGGUUUUCGUUUCAAGACGAAGAGGAUAUAUUCAUGGUGGUUGAUUUGCUUCUUGGAGGCGACAUUCGGUAUCAUUUGCAGCAAGGAAUGCGUGUUGAUGAAAAUAGGGUUAAACUGUACAUUUGUGAGCUAGGUCUUGCACUGGGAUAUCUGCGAAGCAAGAAAAUCGUCCACAGAGAUUUAAAGCCAGACAACAUGCUUCUGGACGAAAAAGGUCAUGUACACCUCACCGACUUCAACAUUGCUACAAUCCUGCAAGAUGGGACUCUAGCCACAUCAAUGUCAGGGACCAAACCAUAUAUGGCUCCUGAGAUAUUUCACACUGCUUGUGGAGAGAAACAGGGUUAUGGGUUUGCUGUGGACUGGUGGGGCCUGGGUCUGUGUGCCUAUGAGAUGCUUAGGUUAAGGAGACCUUACGAGAUACUUGCCAACACAAGUAUACAAGAGGCAUGUCAGACAUUCUCCUCACAAUCCAUCAGUUAUCCUUGUUCCUGGUCCGAACCGAUGGUGACCAUCCUGCAAAAGUUACUUCAACAAGACCCCAAGUCAAGAUUACAAACGAUUGAAGACCUUAAAGAAGAACAUCUCAUGGCUUCUGUCGACUGGGAGAUGGUUUAUAGAAAAGAACUGAAGCCAUCUUUUGUCCCUCCUAAAGAUCAUCUUAAUUGUGAUCCGACAUAUGAACUGGAAGAGAUGAUCAUUGAAUCGAAGCCCCUUCACAAGAAAAAAAAGAGACUUGCAAAAAUGAAUAGUAAAAUCGAUAACGAAGCUAGUACCGAUCCAAUGCAGGUAUCAUUGGAUGAAAUAAGAAAGACAUUCAAGAUAUACAACAGAGAAAAGUGUUUACAGGAAGCGUUGCAGUCAUGCGAUACCGCGUUACCCGAAGAGACAGAUACAAGCAAACGAGCACAUGAUGUUGAUGACGAUGUGCCAGUGACGGAAAUCAACUGAAUGAGGCAUGAAGGCAGAAUCAGGCGCUGGCCACAGAUAGAGAAGGUGAUGAUAGCCGAAUCAGGCAAGGUCGCGGCUAUUGGUAUUGGAGAGAUCGACUGUUCGACACAGAUAAACCUGGCUACAGGAAGAAGGCGUGAGGCGGGGCAGACUUGGGGUCUGUGUUGUGUGGAUCUCAUUUUGUCGCAUAAUAGGCCGCACCAGCACGUAAUGUCAUGCUAAACGGAUCAGCAUUUUAUCACGAAAUCUGUAUAUUGCCCAGCAAGUUGACGUGAAAACAGGAUUUCACGUAUUAAAUCCGGCAUUGAAAUAAAGACGGAGAAGGAAGCCGAUAUGUAAAGGCUCACGCGCGUGUGAAAUCAGUCCUUAGGAGAUGCAAGCGGGAAAUUACUGAAGAAAAGGAGCCGCAUUUUUUCGUGUCUCCUUUCACCGCUUACUUGUUAAAAUUGGCCUUACUUUAAGGAUGUGUGAAGGUCGCCAUUAGCGGCAAUACUGUUAACCAUGUCUUGACAUGUCGCUGGGUAACAUUGGUGAAACUCACUUUUCAAUGAGCUCGUUGCGAGUUUCAGUCUUAGUUUUAUUUGUUUUCCUUGUUUUAUUUAAGCUUCCCCACUUUAAAAUACAAAUCGUUUUUAGCGCUCGCCUUCACGAGGAGGAGCAGGCUGGAUCACCGAUCCUGCAGAUUGCACUGUUCUCAUCUCAAAAUCGACAAAUAAUAAAUGUACAAAAGUCAUUAUAUCAAAUGUACAAACACUCUACACUUUAAAUAUCAAGAGUUUAUGAUCGAGUUUUAAAUAUCAAUUAGCAUUCUCUCUACUAUUUUCGCAUUAAAUGUGUGAAUAAAUAAUUGAAAUCAAAUUGAAUACUUUUUCGUACGAUAGUGCUUUGCGUGGUACUCACUCAACAAAGUCUAAAUGUAUAUAAAAGUGGAUUUACUGAAAUGUUGAAUGGAAUAAUAUAUGAAUGUCAAAAAAGCUUUUACCAUAACAUUAAAAAAAUACACGAAUAAAUCAUACAUCAGAAUUG